AAUGGUAGGUGGGAGUGGAGUGGGGUCUGACCGCAAAGUGUCUACUGUUUAAGAGAAAGGGACUCACCCUCCCUCUCUCUCUCUUUCACGCACUCGCUCCCUCUCUCCGGCUGCAGCACCAGCAGGCUCCGUGCCUACAUGGAACACUACUGCUGAGAGGAGAGAGAGAGAGAGAAAAAAAAUGACACAGCUGGCAUCUCUCUGAGGGAAACAAACAAACAAACAAACAAACAAGAACUAUCACACAAAGAAAAGAAGCAGACCGUCGAGAGAGAACUUGCAGAAGUUUGUGAACCCUUCACAUUUUUGAUCCCAGAGAAAGACAGAGAGAGAGACUCACUCAGUAAAGGUUUAAGGUUCAAUCCCAAACUUCAGGAACAUAAAUUCUCCGUGCCUGCCCUUGUAUUAACCAAGGAUUAGUGAGAGUGUGUCAUCAUGGGAAUGCGAGGCCUGCUCCUGGCCUGUGUGGCUUUGGCCACAGUACUGGAUCUCUCUAAGGCUGGCCUGGUCAAGAAAGUAAUCAGGCACAGAAGAGAAUCCCUAAUGCCACCCAAACCAGAGAAUAUAUCCCUGCCUAAUCCAGACCAACCAGUGGUCUUUAACCAUGUCUACAACAUCAAUGUCCCCUCUGGAUCCUUGUGCUCAGUGGACCUAGAUUCACCUGGAGGAUCUGAAAUGAAGCCCCGAUCUGCCCCAUCUGAGCAGCACAUGGAGCACACCGUCGAUGGGGAAAAUCAGAUUGUUUUCACUCACCGGAUCAACAUCCCCAAACAGGCCUGUGGAUGUGAUAAUCACCUGCCAGAUCUGAAGGAUCUCCUGAAUAGGCUGGAAAUGCUGGAGGCUGAGGUGUCUAGCCUGAGGGAGCAAUGCACAAGUGGGGCUGGCUGCUGUGGGGCUCAGGUUACAGGUGAGGUCACUACCAAGCCUUACUGCAGUGGUCGUGGCAACUACAGCACUGAGACUUGUAGCUGUGUGUGUGAUCCUGGCUGGAAGGGGUCAAACUGCUCUGAGCCUGAAUGCCCCAAUUUCUGCCAGGACCAAGGCCGCUGUGUGGACGGCAAGUGCGUCUGUUUUGAGGGCUUUGCGGGAGAAGACUGUGGAAUUGAGCUGUGCCCCGUUGACUGUGGCGAACAUGGCGAGUGCAUUGAUGGGGCUUGCAUCUGUGAAGAAGGUUUCAUGGGUGAGGACUGCGCCAUGACAAGCUGCCUGAACAACUGCCUAGGUAGGGGACGCUGUGUGGACAGUGAGUGUGUGUGCGAUGAACCCUGGACAGGCUUUGACUGCUCAGAGCUUAUCUGCCCCAAUGACUGCUUCGACCGUGGCCGUUGUGUCAAUGGGACCUGCUACUGCGAUGAGGGUUUCAGUGGGGAGGACUGUGGUGAGAUUACCUGCCCAGGCAACUGUAACAACAAAGGCAUUUGUGUUAAUGGUCAGUGUGUCUGCAAUUUUGGCUACAGUGGAGAAGACUGCUCCAAGCUGACAUGUCUCAAUGACUGCAGUCAGAGAGGCCACUGCUUCAAUGGCAAAUGCAUCUGUGAUCCUGGCUUCCAAGGUGAAGACUGUAGCAUCCUCUCCUGCCCUGACAAUUGCAACGAUAGAGGUCAAUGUGUGAAUGGAGAGUGCAUAUGUGAUGCCGGGUACCAAGGCGACGACUGCUCUGAGCUUUCCUGUCCCAACGACUGCCAUAACCGUGGACGCUGUGUUGACGGAAAGUGUGUUUGCAAGCAGGGCUUUGCAGGUGAAGACUGCAGUAUUAAGACCUGUCCUAAUGAUUGCCAUGACCAUGGUGAAUGUGUGGAUGGCAAGUGUGUCUGCCAUGCUGGUUUCACAGGAAAAGACUGCAGUGAGCUGACUUGUCCUAAUGACUGUCAUAACCGGGGUCACUGUGUGAAUGGUCAGUGUGUGUGCAAUAAAGGUUUCACUGGGGAGGACUGCAGUAUUAAGACCUGUCCUAAUGACUGCCAUGGCCAUGGUGAAUGCGUGGAUGGCAAAUGUGUCUGCCACGUCGGCUUCACAGGCAAAGACUGCAGUGAGCUGACUUGUCCUAAUGACUGUCACAACCGAGGUCGCUGUGUGAAUGGUCAGUGUGUGUGCAACAAAGGCUUUACCGGAGAGGACUGCAGUGAAAAGACGUGCCCUAACAACUGCCUGGACCGCGGCUUCUGUGAUGAUGGAAAUUGUGUCUGUUUUGAGGGCUACACCGGAGUGGACUGCUCAGAACUGACCUGCCCAGGAAACUGCAAUGAUCAAGGUCACUGUCUCAAUGGCAUGUGUGUCUGUGAGUUGGGUUUCACUGGAGAAGACUGCUCUGAAAUCUCCCCACCAAGGGAUCUAACUGUGACUGAAGUCACCCCACAAACAGUGGAUGUAUCUUGGGUCAACGAGGUGCAGGUGACUGAGUAUCUAAUCACCUACACGCCUACUGCAGCUGGUGGUCUGGAAUUAGAUAUGCGAGUACCUGGUGAAAAACGAUCUGCAACCAUAAGGGAGCUGGAGCCAGGAGUGGAGUACUUGAUCAGUGUCUAUGCUGUAUUGAACAACAAGAUGAGUGUUCCUGUCAGUGCCAGAGUGGCAACACAUCUUCCUGAGCCUGAAGGCCUGAAGUUCAAAUCUGUGAGAGAGACUUCUGUAGAGGUUCAGUGGGAUCCUCUGAAUGUCCCCUUUGAUGGCUGGAACCUCAUCUUCAGAAACACAAAAGAGGAGAAUGGAGAGAUUUUGAAUUCACUUUCCCCACCCGAGACCACCUUUGAGCAGUCUGGCCUGGGCCCUGGCCAAGAGUAUGAGGUUAAACUUGAGGUGCUGAAGAACAAUACUCGUGGACCGCCAGCCAGUCGGAACGUGGUUACAAUGAUCGAUGCUCCUAGCCAGGUGGAAGUGAGAGAUGUAACGGAGAGUACUGCCCUGAUUACCUGGUUCCAGCCCAUAGCUCAGAUUGAUGGAGUGACUGUGUCCUAUGCCCCGGUCACUGACUCCUCAGACACCAACACAGUGGCUCUAUCAGCACUAGACACCCAGUACCACCUGGCUCGCCUUUACCCAGACACUGAGUACAGAGUGUCUCUGAUGGCCCGCAGAGGGGAGAUGACCAGCGUGCCAGUGUAUGAAUCCUUUACCACAGACUUGGAUGCUCCCAAGAACCUGCGGGCGAUCGAGCAGACCGACGAGACCAUCACUCUGGAGUGGAAAAACAGUCAAUCUAAUGUCCCCAGUUACCGCAUCAAAUAUGGCCCACUGUCUGGAGGAGAGCAUGGAGAGCUUACUUUCCCAACUGGCCCACAGGACAUCACUCAAGCCAAGAUCACUGGACUCAGGCCUGGAAUAGAGUAUGGAAUGGGAGUGACCGCAAUCAGGGAUGAGAGGGAAAGCUUGCCCACCACAACCAAUGCUGUGACCGACCUUGAUGCUCCUAAGGAUCUGGAGGUGGCCGAGACUUCAGAAACCACCCUGAUGUUGAUCUGGAGAAGACCCGUGGCCAAGAUAGACAUCUACAGGCUGGUGUUCGUGUCUGCUGACGGCCACAGGGCGGAGUUGGAGGUUCCAGGCAGUGCCAGCACCUACACCCUGAGGAACCUGAGCCCAGGCAUGCUGUACACCAUCACCCUUACCUCUGAACGAGGAAGAAAGAAGAGUGCACCAGCCAGUCUUUCAGCAUCCACAGACGACAAAAAGCCGCUGGUUGGCAACGUCACCAUCUUUGAGGUGUCCUGGGACAGCUUCAAUGUUUCCUGGGAGCUGGAGAGAGGGGAGUUUGAGGGCUUUGUGAUCGAGGUGGCCGACCCUGAUGGCCUCUCUGAAGGCCAGAACCACACUCUGUCAGGCCAAGAGUUCAGCUUGGCCGUUACUGACCUUUCUCCCAGCACUUUCUACAGGGUCACUCUGUAUGGACUGUACAAGGGAGAGCUCUUAGAGCCAGUCUUUGCUGAGGCCAUCACAGAGGCUGAACCUGAGGUGAACCAUCUCUUCGUCUCCAACACCAAGCCAGAUGGUUUUACGCUGGAAUGGACAGCUCCAGAAGACACCUUUGAAACAUUUGUCAUCAAAAUCACGGAUUCGAAUGGAUUGGCUGAGUCAAAGCUGAUGAGAGUGUCUGGAGACAAGAGAACAGAAGUGGUUUCUGGUCUUGUUGAAGAUACAAAGUAUGAAAUCGAACUCUUUGGGAUAAUUGCGGGACGGAACUUCCAGCCCAUUUUGGGCGUAGCUCGAACAGGCUUGGGAACACCAAAGGGCAUCCGCUUCUCUGAGGUCACCGACACUUCUGCCACUGUUCACUGGACCGUGCCCCGUGCCCGUGUGGACAGCUACCGGGUCACCUACGUGCCUGUUCAGGGCGGCAGUCCAAUGACGAUCACGGUUGAUGGAGGUGAGUCCCACACAGUGCUGCCCAACUUGACCCCUGGAGUGACCUACCAGGUGACAGUCACAGCAGUAAAGGGACUGGAAGAGAGCGAACCAGGCGCUGAUAGAGUUACAACAGCGCUGGACAAACCUCGGGGUCUGAGAGCAAUUAACAUCACAGACACUGAGGCGCUGCUGCUCUGGCAGCCUACUGUGGCCACAGUGGACGGAUAUGUGAUCACCUACAGUGCAGACAGUGUGCCUCCAGUGAUGGAGAGAGUGUCUGGAAACACUGUGGAGUUUGAGAUGAGCUCACUCAUCCCUGCCACUGAGUACACUGUCAAAGUCUAUGCAGUGAGAGAAGCAGCCAAGAGCGCCGCCACUUCCACGGAGUUCACUACCGAUGUGGAUUCUCCUCAGGAUCUGGCAGCCAGUAACAUCCAGACAGAGAGUGCCAUGCUAACAUGGAAGGCACCGCGAGCGGAAAUCACCGGCUACAUCCUCACCUACGAGUCUGCUGAUGGUGCAGUCCGGGAGGUGGUCCUCAGCCCCACAUCCACAUCCUACAACAUGGGCCAGCUAAGCGCCUCCACGGAGUACACCGUCCGUCUGCAGGCCAUCUCUGGACCCAUGAGGAGUCGCAUCAUCUCCACCGUCUUCACCACCAUUGGAGUGCUGUACCGACACCCUAAGGACUGUUCUCAGGCUUUACUGAAUGGAGACACAACCUCUGGCCUGUUUACCAUCUACCUCCGUGGUGAUGAGAGUCAGCCCCUGCAGGUCUACUGUGACAUGACCACAGAAGGAGGCGGCUGGCUGGUGUUCGUCAGAAGGCAGAGCGGCAAAGUGGACUUCUUCCGGAACUGGAAGAACUACACUGCAGGCUUUGGGGACAUGAAUGAUGAGUUCUGGCUCGGUCUCUCUAACCUGCAUAAGAUCACCUCUCAGGGCCAGUAUGAGUUGCGAGUGGAUCUCAGAGAUAAGGGCGAGUCGGCAUACGCUCAGUAUGACAAGUUCUCUGUGUCUGAGCCACGCAGUCGCUAUAAGGUGCAUGUGGGCGGCUACAGUGGCACUGCAGGUGAUUCAAUGACCUACCACAACGGCCGUCCUUUCUCAACGUACGACCACGAUAACGACAUAGCCGUCACCAACUGUGCUCUCUCGUACAAGGGAGCUUUCUGGUAUAAGAACUGCCAUCGGGUCAACAUCAUGGGACGAUAUGGAGACAACAGCCACAGCAAAGGUGUGAACUGGUUCCACUGGAAGGGCCAUGAGCACUCCAUCGAGUUUGCUGAGAUGAAGAUCAGACCAGCCAACUUCAGGAACUUUGAGGGCAGGAGAAAGCGGUCGUAAAGCGGCUCUACACACCUCCCCAACCCC